AUGUUGGUCUUGUUGGUAUCAACUGUUUUCACUCUAUUGCUAUCGACUUCUGCCAAAGAAUGUCUAUCGCGAUCAUCUAUUGAACAGCCUCUUCUCGAUGCUCAUGUUCCUGGAGCAGUUGUCAUCGUCGUGAAUAACACCAAUAUUCUCUAUCAAGAAGCAUUUGGUCAUGGAUCUCUUUCACCAGUACGCAUGAUGGAUGUGGAUGCUUCAAUUUUUGUUCUUGCUUCUAUUUCAAAACCGUUCGUCGCCGUUGCUGCCAUGCAAUUAGUUGAAGCAAACAAACUCGAUCUCGAUGCUGAUAUCAAUCAAUAUCUAUCAUCAUCAUCACCAUUAAAUCAUCGUAUCUUUCAUCCGCAAUAUCCUUCUGAUUCGAUCACUGUUCGUCAACUACUCUCUCAUUCGGCAUCGAUCGGUAUUAAUGAAGAAGCAUAUAACACUUUCAUGCAAACUGGUGAUACUGCAUUGAACAUACUAUCAUUGACCGAUGCUUGUUACACUUAUCUCGAUAACCCAUCAAACUGGUUGCCAACACCACCAGGCACUGUGUCACUCUACUCAAACGUUGGUAAUGCUCUGGCUGGAUUAGUAGUCGAACGAGUAACACAAAUGCCUUUUGAAGAAUAUGUUCGAGAGAAGAUAUUGAAACCAUUGAAUAUUGAUACGAAGAAAGCUGGAUAUCGUCUGUCUGAUAUAGAUAAUCCCGAUGAAUUAGUGAAACACUAUGCAUUCAAUGCCACAUUGCUCGAUCAAUGGAAUGGAGAAUGGCCACAACUGAACGUUAAACAGAGCAAUCUAUCUAAUUGGCUUGAUAUUCCAUUUUAUAGUGUAAGUAUUUAUCCAGCAGGUCUCUUGCGAAUGUCGGCGAAAUCUUUAUCUUUAUUUCUUCGAAUGCUCAUGAGAAAUGGAUAUCCAUUGUUGCAUUCUCGUUCGAUUGCCGAAAUGCGACAAACAAUCGACGGUGUUGUUCCAUACCAAAGUGCGAAUUCAACCAGUACUGAGUUGCCGGACCCAAUGCUUAGUUUUGGUCUCGGUUUGAUUUGGGAAGAGCGACGUGAUGGUCGUCGAUUUUUUGGUCAUACUGGAGUAAUGCCGGCUGCAACACAUUCAAUGCUUAUUAAUGAACAGGGUACUAUUGGUGUAAUUGUCCUUACCAAUGAUCUUCCUCGAACAACAACUGCAGGUGUUUAUAAUUCUGGUAUAGCUGAAUUAGAAGAGCUUUAUGAAACGCUUAAUAUCUUGGCAGAUGGAAUCGACACAUUGACUAAUGAUGAAUAA